AAAAAAACCCCAAACCCUGUAGAAAAUAUCAAGAUAGGGGUAAAACCGAAUGCCAUAACCAAAGUUGCAGGCUGAAGUACCGGAGUCCUCUCUCCCGCAGACACAAUGGCUUCCACAAUCUCUCGCAGACUUGCAUCCAAGAUCCUGAACCCUUCUUCCUCCCCCGCUCUCUUUUCACUAUACCCCACCUCCUACCGUCUUAUCCCUGAUGAUUCCCAUCGAUCCUUCUCAAACUCUACCCCCAAUUUCACUACUUUCAAUCUCCCAUCAUCGUUUCCCACAAUUCCAGUUGGCACUAGUCACGGUUUAAUUAGAUCAAAUACCAGUUUCAACGCUAGUUUCAAAAUCCAAUCGCUAAACCCUAAUCUUUAUCAAAACCCCAAGUGUUUGUCAACCUCCAUUCCGCAAUCUGAUCCUGAAGAAACUCAAAAACCUAACGAGAAUCAAAGCCAAACCCUUGACGGAUUCAAGCACCAAGAGAUUACUGGACCUACUGUGGAACGCGAUGUUUCUGCACUUGCUAAUGAGACACGCCAAGUGCUCGAUCAAAUGACAAAGACAAUUUACACCCUUAGCAAAAGUUUAGCUCUUUUGGGUCUGUUUCAAUUGGGUCUAGGCGCUUGGAUUUCGUAUGUUACCAAGUCGACUCCUAUCCCAGAAGUAUCUGUGCAGAGCUGCUUGGCAUUUGGGUUGCCAUUUUCGUUGUCAUUCAUGCUUCGGAGGUCAUUGAAGCCAAUGAGUUUCUUCAGGAAAAUGGAGGAGCAAGGUAGGUUGCAGAUUCUGACUCUUACACUUCAAGUUGCUAAGAAUCUGAAUGUGUUUUUUGUGAGGUUGAAUGUGGUUUCGUACUUGUGUAUUGGCGUUGCUUCUCUUGGACUGCUUGUUAUUGCACUAUAUUGAUGGCUUGUAUUGAUAUUUUUCAGUUUUGACAAUACAAUGAACCAUAUGUUGUUAGUAAUUCAGUCGAAAUCCCAUAGUUUUCUACAAUAAAUAUGAAUACGGAUUUUGAAUCA